AUGGGGAAGGCGCCGAGCAGCAGCAGCAGCAAGGACCCAUUCAGCCCGCGGAGCCCGGGGAGGGGCCCUGAGGCCCACGUCGAGGCCGUGGAGCCAGUCCAGGGCAAGAAGAAAACCAGGUAUGGGGGCUUCCUGUGCUUCUGGGGCAGGCUCCUGUCCCGUCGCAGGAAUGGCGGUUCCCAAAAGGGUGGCAAUUGGCACGGGAAGGACCAUCCGCGGAAGCUGAGGACCGGAGGGGACGACGCGCAGUCUUGUGGGCACAGCAAGCUGCACAGCCCCAUGGCCCCCUCGAGGAGCAGCCUGGGGAUGCCGUCCAGCAGGUGCAGCUCCGGCGUACCGCGGCUGCCGCACGCCGAGUGGGACGAGAGGCCCAUCACGGAGCCCACGACGCCGUCGGACUGCGUGCGGCAGGCUGUGGGGUCGCUCGAGCUGGGGCCCAGGCUGGGCGGCGGCAACGCCAAUGUGGUGUACCGGGGCAUGCUGAACUCCUCGCCGGUGGCGGUGCGGCUCAUCCGCCACGCAAAGGUCUACUCUGCGGCCUACGAGCCGCUGGAGGGCUACCUGCAGCGCCACGUGCACCACCCCAACCUGGUCCGCAUCCUGGGCCUGCGCACCCGGCCCCAGGGGGGCCGCCGGAUCUCCACCUACCGCCCCAGCGACGUGUCCAUAGGGGACUCCGUGUGCAGCUACCUUCGGCGGUCCACCUCCAGCGACGUAUUCAGCGAGCUGGCGCGCCACCUGCCCGCCAAGCGGCGCAGCCUGAGCCCCGAGGAGGAGAUGGAGACGUGGGUGAUCAUGGAGUACUGUGACCGCGGGUCGCUGGCGCAGGCGCUGCAGUCGGGGCUGUGCUGGACGGACGUGGACCCCAAGUUCCGGAUCGUGAACUUCCGGACGGUGCUGUGCAUCGCGCUGGAGAUCGCGCGCGCGAUGACGCACCUGCACGCCUGCGGCAUCGUGCACGGGGACCUCAAGCCGGAGAACGUGCUGCUGCAGAGCAAGCGGCGGUCGAACAAGGGCUUCACGUGCAAGGUGGGCGACUUCGAGCUGAGCCGACUCACCAACCGUGUCAACAUACUGGAAACGUUCUCCAUCGGGACGCUGAGCCACCAGCCACCAGAGAUGCUGCAGAAGGGACUCCUCACACCAGAGGCCGAUGUUUUUUCUUUUGGCAUGCUCCUCUGGGAGUUGGUGGCUGGUCAAGUGCCCUUCAAGGGCAAGCCGCCCGCCGUGGUGCAAAUGUCCAUCGUGAACGGCUACAGGCCCCGGGUGCCCCCUUCGUGGCCUGCUUGGUAUGCCCAGCUGGUGCGCAGCUGCUGGAGCCACGAUCGGCGCAAACGCCCAGAGUUCUCUGUGAUCGUGCAGCACCUGCAACUCGUCCUGAACAACAUGAAGGAGGCCCAGAGGCAGAGCCUGGAUAACUUCUGUUCCCGCAAGUCCAGCGUGGAGGAAUGUGAAGCCUACAGGGAGGCUGCGCAGCAGGACACACAGAGCUAUGGCAAGGCCAGGGUUGGCAUUGCACAGAGCAGCGAUGGUGCAGCAGACACCAUUUCUUAUCAGUCGCUGGAUGUUUCCAUUGGCAGCCGCAUUGGUGGGAUAAACCCAAGAUUGAGCACAUCGUCACUGCGAAACUCAACGGACAGUGCAACAUACAACCUGAAGAUGAGCUUCGAGCGAGACAGUGACUCGUUCUCCUCCGGCUGCGCCUCCUACAACCCCUCCUUCCAGUUCGGCGCGCCCCACAUCUGUGCCACAAUGCAGCCCAGCGCCAAGCUUACCCCCGAGCCCUGGGGGCCCCCGGGCCCGCCUCGGCCCGCUGACAUCUUUGCGCCCCGCCCGGGCCGCCGCAGCGGCUCCUCCAGCCUCGACCGCGGUACCCUCUCCCCGGUCGAGGAGGAGCGCAGCGCCAGGCCCUCUCCCAGGUACCAUCCGAAUUUGCCACCUUCCGGUCAGCAAACGAUCAAUCAUCAGGACCUAAUUCAUCAGCAAUCGAUCAAAACCCCUCGAGGCAAGAGGACCGGCCUCUCAACUGUUCGAGAGGCUCAGCAUCUGCCGAGGGCGGUCGCCAUGGACAAAAUGGCAUCGCCCCGGCUGCGCCGUUCCGUGGUUCGCUACCCGGUGCCCCGGCUGAGCGGCGAAGGCGGCGGGCAGCGGAUGGAGCACAGCGGCACGGGCGAGUCCGUCCCUGAGGAGGAGUACUUCUGGGAGUGUCGUCGCUUCACCCGUCCAUCGUCGUCGUUCGACACCGUCCGGUCGUCGGGCUCGUCGACCGUGGACCAGCGGCGGGGCGCAACGAAGGCCAGGCCGCUGGUGGUGAGGGUGAGGGCGGAUGGGGCCGGGGCCCGGGGGACCAGGCAGCCCGUGGUGGUGUCCCACACGUCGGCGUGCCUGGCCGGGGGCGACAAGGUGGGGGAGGGGAUGGCGGGCAUGGCGGUGCCGGUGGUGGAGAAGGGGGAGGGCGGCUUUGCGGGGAAGGGGGUGGGAGGAAAGCAGGGCAGGGCUGAGCCCAUCAUCGUCAGCGCGUCCUGA